UAAAAGUUUUGAAGAGAAAGUUUUUAAAAAAAAAUUACAUAAAUUAAAAGUUGGAAAAUUUUUUGGAAUUUUCAAAUGUGUUUGUAGGCACUUGCUCCUGCUUCUUAGAAGUUGUCGGUGGGGAUUGAUUAUCAACGUGGAAACGCCGGCAUCAAUACUCGUAUUCCUAUCGCAUUGAAACCCUUUGUGGUAAAACAAAUUGACACAAACGCAACAACAGCACGAGCACUGUUUAUGGUAUUAAUACCAUGGCAACAGUAAUACCACCGACCUCAAAUGUUGAGGCCGCGUAUGAAGAUAUGUUUAAAGAAAUCACAAGAAAACUAUAUGGCGAAGAGACCGGAAAUGGUUUGCACACGUUGGGCACUCCUGUUGCGCAGGUGGCAACUACAGGACCAACAGCAGCUCCAGACGGUGAACAACGUUCAUUUACAAAUUUGCAAAUUGAUCGUUCAGUUCAGCCCACAAUAGAAUAUGAACACAAUGCUGGUAGUGGAGCCGGUGCGGCAACAGCUGCCGGUUCUACGGCUGCUACUGCUGUGACUGUCGUUCAGAAUGCCGCUAACGUUAUUAUACAGCAACAACAUCAGCCACAGCAACAACCACAACAAAUACCUGAAGGUUCAGUGGUUGUCACAACUACAGGUGCUGCCGGUGGUGGAGCUGGUGGUGGUAAUUUUAAAUCGGAAGAUCAUCUUAGUACAGCUUUUGGCUUGGCCGCUUUAAUGCAGCAAAAUGGUUUUGCCACCACCACGGGCACAAUUUUGAGUACACAAGUUAUAAAUAAGGUGAUUACUACAGCGGCUGGUAAUGGUAAUAAUGGCCAACAGCAACAACAACCGCAGCAGACACAAAAUGUGACAGGUGGUGAUCAACAACAGCAGCAGCAACAACAACAACAACAACAACAGUCAUGGAAUAAUGAAGGUGCUCAAGAUCAGCAACAGCAGCAAGCACAACUUCAACCUACCACACAAAUUGUUCAAUGGACAACUACACCAAGUGGUAAAUUGCAAAGUUAUACAACAACCACACAACCUCAGACUCAACCUCAACCUCAACCUCAAACACAACCACAGUCACAAUUAACGACCACAUCAACGUCCAAAGCAAAAGCCAAAAAUCGUCAAGAUCAUACCACAUCACCUAUUAUAAAUAAUGGAGGUAAUGAAAUCAUGUAUGCAACUCCGUCGAGUUCUGGUAAUACAUUUGCUCAACAACAACAGCAACAGCAAAGUGCACCUGGUAAUACUGGCAACAAUAACCCAAGUUCUUCCACAACGAAUUCUGCAAUUAAUGCUGGAGGAAAUUCAACAAAUAACAAUCGCAAAAAAUCCCAUCAGAUACAGCAACAACAACAUCAUCAACAACAAACCAAUAACGGCGGUGUACAGAAACGCUAUGUCUGCACUCACUGUCCUUACUCGACAGAUCGUCGGGAUCUUUAUACGCGGCAUGAGAAUAUACAUAAAGAUGAGAAGCCAUUUCAGUGUUAUGUAUGUCUUAAACAAUUUAAUCGAGCCGAUCACGUGAAAAAGCAUUUCCUGCGCAUGCAUCGUGACGUGCCGUACGAUAUUAAUAAAACUCGUCGGCAUCCGCCAGCCACUGGCCAUCAUUAUCGUGCUAAUAUCAUUGGUGUAACGCUAACAACCGCGGUCGGUGGCGGUGGCGGUGGCGUUGGCGGUGGCGUUGGUACUGUUACCGUUAAACCAAAAAGAGAGAAAAGAUUUACCUGCCUGUAUUGUCCCUGGUCGGGAGCAGAUAAAUGGGGUCUUAAACGCCAUUUAAAUACUCAUACAAAACCUUUCGUAUGUUUGUUAUGCGAUUAUAAAGCCGCACGUUCGGAACGCUUGUCCACACACAUCCUUAAGGUGCAUAAUAAAAGAGCCUGCAGUAAAUGUAACUUUUUAGGGGAUACUCUAGAAGAAUACCAAGCUCACUUAAAAGAGGCACACCCACACUUUGUGCCAUCCCAGCGUCAAAAUUUGUCAACAAAUUUAAAUGUUUUAAGAACGAUAAGCAACACUUUAGGAAAUAGUAAUAAUAAUAACAAUAACAACAAUAACCAUAAUAAUAACAAUCAUUUAAAUCAAUUUCAAAAUGACAACUUUAGUAUAAACAAUUCAACGAAUGCUAACAAUUCGGUUACUAUUUAUACGACAAAUAAUACUAAUGAUAAUCAGAAUGGUGCGACCGGCGGUCCCUUACAAGAGAUAAUUGUUAAUCCUACAUCGAUGGGCGGAUGGCGUUUAAGUGCCACCGGUGCUUUAAUACCGCCACAGGAUUUAUUAACAAGCGGCCUGCCGAACGCUGCUGUUCAGAAACGUGGCUCAGAGCGCUUAUUUCAAUAUCUUGAAGCGGACGGAAGCGAUACCGAAGACUAUUCGCGCCUCAUUAAAAUGGACGCCAUUAGUCGCAAUACCUCUUCAGUCGCUCAGGAUUUUCAUAAGGCGGGAGGCGUGCAAGAAUUAAAAUUACCAGCCAAGCAACAAUUCUUGUUCAAUAAUAAACUGCCCAUAACUCAAUGGACGACUAAAGAUGCUGCUGCUUUACUACAUAGUCUCAGUAGUAACGCUAACAAUUUAAGUUUACUUUAUCAACAACAGCAACAAUUGCAACAACCGCGUUCCAAAUAUAAUGCAAUAACAUCGAAUGUAGCAAAUCCAAACACACCGUUAUACGUGAAUGGCAUGCGUCAACGACAACAUUCAACGGGAGAAGAUGAUGAAAAUACUCCUUCGUCGGCUUCAUCUUCAAAUUCUGGUGAUGAUUUGUCUCCCCUAAAACUGGAACAAAUAAAGCAUUAUGAAGAAGCAUUUCAUAAUGCCAAUAAUAGCAACAAUGGUAGCAUUGAGCAGAGAAAGGCGAUGUCGGCAUUUUUAGGUAAGAAUUUUGAUCUACAAGAGAUAACUUAUCAAGCGGUGCCCACCACCAGCAACAGCAGCAGUACAAACCAUUACAACGAUCUCCAAAGGCGUAAAUGUUUACCCGACUAUACCGAAUAUCAAGAUCAACAACAACACCAGAAACAUUUACUCUAUCAACAGGAAGAUCAAGAGAAUCAAGAGCAGCUUAUUAGAUCGUCUCCCGCGUAUAAACUUAAUAAUAAUAAAUCUAACGGUUACAAUAACCAGCAGAAUAAAAAUAAAAUGUCGUCAUCUUUACAACAGCAACAGCAACCAAUGCGAAAUUACAUAAAUUAUCAGCAAAUGUCUUCGCAUCGCCUGGAUCUGCACAAUAAAGAAAAUAAUCAAAAUGCUACCUUUUUAACGCAAUUAGAAUUUCAGAAUCUUAACAAGAUCGGUACACAAUUUCAAAAUUAUGUUAAAGACAUAAUCAGCAAAUAUUACGCCGCCGAAACUCCAUUAAUGUUUCCGAAUAUGCCAACACCUACAACCACCGCCCAGCAAUCACAGAGUCGAACUUUACCGAUGGAACAACAAACGUCGCCGAAGCGUAAACGAAUGUUAAGUGAAACCGAGGAGUAUAUAGAAUAUCUAAAGAAUAAGGAAGAUAUAACUCUGACGAUAACACCAAGAGUGAGCAAAACCUCCACCAGUCCGUAUAAUAAUUCCACUCACAAAACUCCGAUUAGCCCUUUAAAGAGAGAAAGAGAUUUAGCUUCCGAUUCUUAUAAACGAUGCAGCUCUAGGAGUCCUAAGAAAUGCAACGGCAACAAUCACAUAUAUCAUCCUUAUAACAAUAACGUUACGACUUAUAAUAACCAUAACAAUAAAUGCUGCAAAAAAUCUAAAACACAGUUGGCUACCUUGUUGCCUUUGCUUGCUGAUGCCGCCAGUCAGCAGCAGUACUUAGCAGCACCUUUAGACUUUAGCAAAAAAAGUACAGCAAAUAGUGAAACGUCUAGCAAUUCUUUGUCCGCCUACGAUAAGCGAUCAUCUCGUAAACAAGCUCAACCGAAAAAGAUUAAAGUAGCUCCGGAAGUGGUGAUUGGUCUAUUGCGUGAUAAGUACUUAAAUCGUAUGGUAGGUCGUAAACUAAGUUGCUGGAAAUGCCUAUCGAAACGUUCCUCCAUGAUGGUCUUCAAUUACCAUACGAAAGCUUCUUUGGCUUUACAUUGUUAUUGGAAGCAUCGAUCAGAGCAGAAAAAUGGACGAAAUUCAUUUUCCCAUAAAUAUAAUUUACAUUUAUAUCAAAAACAAAAGAAGAAGAAUCAUAUUAAGAAGCGCUUGAGAACGAAGUAAAAGUCGGGCCAGUAAGACAUUAAGAAAUAAAACGAAAAACAGACGCAAGCAAAC